UGUAAUUGGAUAACGUCUGAGCACGUGACAUGCGGAAGCGUCGCGGCUCGAGCAUGUCUCAUCGGCGUGACCUACACAAGUUAAUCUUUUUGUAACAGAAAAUUAGAAAUUGAUUGUUGAAAAGCUAAAAUGGACCCCAACUUACAGUUCUGGCAAAGCAAUGGGCAGUCUUUUCUAAGCAGACUGCGUCUCUGGUUCAAAUUCCUCGACCCCAGUUCUGUGUUGUCAUCACAGGCUGAAAUUGAGCAGGCCCGGACACUUCUUCAGAAUGAGGGACAUACACAAAGAAAUGAACAAGUUGCUAAUGCCUGGUUACUGUCUCUUUCAUCUGUCCAUCCUGAUACUGGAGCUGUAAUCUCACCAGUGUUUCGUUCUCAAGUUUUUCUACCUAUAUCUGCUCCCUUGGUUGUUGCAAGUUUAAUACCCCACAAAGGCAUUAAACCUGCGUUGUUCUGGCAAUUUUUGCUUCAGGCAUACUGUGCAGGAUUCAACCAUGCUAACAGAAAUGCAACAGCAACUAAGGAUAACAAAACGUCAAUGAAGCAGUCCAUUCUUAUUGUUGGAACAGUUGCCUACUCAGCAUUUGCAGGGGCUCUUCCUCAGAUUAUACUUAAGCGUUUUAGACUCAUCGGUGCUGUGGCUGAGACCUUCUCUAGAUCAUUGUUACCUAUUCCUCUCUCAGCCUGUCUAGCUGCGUUCAGUGUAAUGGUGGUGAGAAGUGAAGAGGCCGAUAAUGGAAUACGAGUGUUUGAUUCUAAGGGCAAUGCGGUCGGAGUCUCGAAGGCAGCUGGUUCUAAGGCCAUAAAAGAAACAGCCCUCUCAAGAGCUACUCUCUUUGGCACCACUGCAGCUUUUCCCACUUUACUGUUGGCUCUCCUUAAAAGGGCAAAGUUUGUUCAGAGGAACCCAAUGAUAAUCGCUCCUGUUCGGCAUGUCAGUACUGCCAUUAUUUUUGGCCUGAUGAUUCCUGUAUCCUUCAGUCUUUUUCCACAGUUUGGCAAGAUAAAGAAGGAGAAUUUAGAGGAAUUUCAGUCACUUGACGGUCACAGUGAACUGUUUUACCACAGAGGACUGUAAUGUUGCCAUUGCCAGCUUUC